AUGGAGGAUCAACUUUUUACACAGGUGUUUCACCCCAACCGAGUGGACCUGCACUUCCCUUUUAACAUUGGAUACCCACAAGGGAAACCCCGUUACCAAAACCCACAGAAAUACAAUGGUUAUCAGAUAAAAAACAAAAAACUAUUUCAUCAAGAUCUUGUUAAUCUCAAAAACAAGCAGAUGAUCCUUGAGCAACACAACGAAAUACGAAGAUCUGUAGUUCCAACAGCUAGGAACAUGCUGAAGAUGGUGUGGAAUGAGAAAGCUGCCAAAAACGCUCUGAAAUGGGCAAAUACAUGUGAAAUGCAAAUCAGCCCAGUGCAGCACAGAGUUAUUGACGGUAUCACCUGCGGUGAGAAUAUCUUGCUGUCAUCUCAACCAAAAACAUGGGCUGAAGCAAUCAAAGUCUGGCACAAUCAGGCCUCCAAUUUCAAGUAUGGUUUUGGAGCAACUACAAAGAGCGCCAGUGUCAAGAACUACGCUCAGCUAGUGUGGUACAACAGCUACCAGGUUGGGUGUGCAGUUGCCUACUGCCCAAGGAACCAAUACAACUACUUCUAUGUUUGCCACUACUGUCCUCCAGGGAAUAACAUCAUGCAAGUGGCUGCACCUUACAAGAAAGGACCCAGAUGUGCAGACUGUCCCGGCCACUGUGAGAGAGGGCUUUGCACCAAUCCUUGCAGACAUCGAGAUGCAUUUCCAAACUGCAGAAAUAUGAAAAGCUUGUUUGGCUGUAAGCAUUCAGUGGUGAAAACGAAGUGUCCUGCCACCUGUAAGUGCACCACUCAGAUUGUAUAAAGGCCUGGAGGAUGUCACUGCAGCUGCUUUGGAACUUAUGUAUGAGGAAAGAGUAGAACUGGGAAGAAAAAAAACCAUUCAUGCUCAGCGUUUCAGCUCAGAUUGACCUGAAUGUAACUUGUUUAUGAAAUCACAUAAUUGUUUCAGUUCCAAAUUAAUCUGGUGGCUCAGAUAGACUCUGAUGUUAUGUUAGGCUUUGUAAAAAUCAUGAUUAAGCUAUUAAUGUGGUUUUCGGUUUUUUUGGUGGAAGUUUCCACUGAUUCAUAUCCUUUUAAUGGGAAACGCACUUUUAAAACAUGAAAAUACAUGUUAAAUUCCACUUAACUUUCUUCUGUUACCUUUUCUUCAAUUAUAAAUGGAAUA